CUACUCUUAUUUUAUUGUUGACUGACAUUAUUUUUAUAAUGUCCCUGACAAAUGGAAGUGCUGGGUGUUGAUCAGCUAAAUUAAUUAAUCAAUUAAGAUUCUUUAGUUAAUGACUAGCCGAAUGGCAGCAUAUCACACUAAGUUAGUGAUUCUUAUUACCAGUUCAAAUGAUGACCAUUUCAUUUUUCAGUUAGGACGGCAUAUUUGUGCUAUUGGGCUCACAGCCACGUACAAAUUCAAAAGAUGCCUUAAUGCAAUGCCAUGUACAAAUUCCAUAUAAAUACGUCUUAAUACAAUGCCAUAUUCAACCACCAAUACUACAACACCUAGUACAAAUCCUUGUCUAAAAAUCUACUAGAGCAUUCAAGUUUCAAGUUCUUAUCAAAUGGCUAAUAUCUCACUCUUGCUGUUUGUUUUAGCUCUUUCACUUUCAGCUGUCUUGGCAACUGAUCCUAGUACUCUCCAAGAUUUUUGCGUGGCAAACCCAAUAGGCCAAGGGAAUUCAAUAUGCAAAGAUAGUAAAGUUGUUGAGGCAAAUGACUUCUUGUUUAGUGGGCUUCACAUAGCAGGCAACACCACAAACUCUGUUGGGUCAAAAGUAACUCCAGUAUUUGCAUCUCAGCUACCAGGAUUGAACACAUUAGGAAUUUCCAUGGCUCGUAUUGAUAUCGCACCAUGGGGAGUUAACCCUCCUCAUACACAUCCUCGUGCUACUGAAAUAUUCACUGUUCUUGAAGGCACCUUAGAAGUUGGAUUCAUCACUUCAAAUCCUGAAAAUCGUCACUUUAGGAAAGUUCUACAAAAAGGAGAUGUGUUUGUGUUUCCCAUAGGACUAAUUCACUAUCAGAGAAAUAUAGGAUACAAUAAUGUUGUUGCCAUUGCAGCUCUUAGUAGCCAGAAUCCAGGAGCUAUUACUAUUGGGAAUGCAGUGUUUGGGGCUACACCAGAAAUAUCUAGUGAAAUUCUCACUAAGGCGUUUCGUUUGGACAAGACUAUCAUCAAUUAUCUGCAGUCAAUAUUUUAAAAUCAUGAAAAAUAAUUUUUUUAAUUAUGUUGCUUAUUCGAGGUUGACGCUUUGCUAAAUUGUCUAAUGAUUUAUGGUGUGUGUUUGAUACUUUUUGUUUGUAUUUGUUUUCCUUAUUUUCUAUUGUAUUUUAUUAUCAUUCAUUUAAUUAUUAUUGUGCUUUUGUCACAUUUAAUUAAUAUAGUGAGCUUAAUGUUAAGUGGUUUGAUAUGUUAAUGUAAUGUAUACCUAGUUAAUGAAUUUGUGAUUGUUGUAUAA